AUGUCAAGGUUGAGGAAGACAAGGUUGAUCGCAGUUGACACCGAAAUGAGACGUAACGCCUUUCAAGUCCAGUCACUCUCUCGGAUUGUCGUGCGAUCUCAGAGGGAGGAACAAAUCGAUUUCACGUUUGCUCUUACGGGGACAGAUAUUCCCCUUCAUGGGACUUUCUCUCGUCUUUCCUUCAUUCGAUUAAGAUUUCUUGUUUCAACCUCAUUUUUUUUUCUUUCACAUCCUUUAGCUGAUUUCAUUUUUCAUUUUCCUUUUACAAAUUUUUUCUUCACUUCUAUUUCUCUUUGCUUAAUUUUCCCUCUUCAAUUUUUUUCACUUCAUUUUACCACCUUUGCAUUUUCAUUUUUCCUACUCUUUUCGUAUUUUCUUCAUCCUGGUUCUUAUUCUAUCAUUUCUAUUCAUUUUUCUUUUACCUUAUUUCUUUUUUCUUUUUUUUUAUUCUUUUUUCAUAUUUUCUUUAUUCUAUUUACACUUUUUCUGCAUUUAUUGCUUGUCUCUUUCAUUUCUCAAUCUUUUUCUUAUUUCUACCUUCACCUUAUCUCUUCGUUUAAAUUUCCUUUCUUUUUUCUUUUUUCUUUCUUUUUCUUUUUUCUUUCUUUCUUUCUUCUUUCAUUCUUUCUUUCUUUCUUUCUUUCAUUCUUUCUUUCUUUCUUUCUUUCUUUUCUCUGUUGA